CAUCCCGACGUUUCGAGCCCUUUACAGCGUUCGUGGUCAACGGGUCACCACUGAGUGCAGACCACAUGAGUAACUGUCGCGGUAACCGAAGACAAUAUGACAAAAUAUUAAUUUUAGGCUAUUUAGAAAGCUUGCAGGCUCUUCUAAAUUCCCGACUUACGAGUAGGUAUAUUAAGAAUGUUAUUAUUUUGACUAUGGGCGUAUUUUUAUUUAGGUCUGGGUAGAUAGGUAUUAUAUAUAUUUUAUUUGUAUAUUGAAGCCUCUUUAGUCGACUAUUUACGAUUACAGUAGGUGUACUGUUCUUAUUUCAAUUUACAAUAUUGACAUAAUUUCGUCAUAGGUACUGUCAUUGUGUCAAAGGUGACAUUCGAAAAGAUCUUCAGUCUCUAAAAAUGCUAUAGAUUAUCAAACAAAAUAUAAUAAUCUAGAAAAAUGGGAGCCUUUUGGGGCAAGGAUGAGCGGAAGCCCGUGCCCACCUUCGGCGGGACUUUCAAUAUUUUCAAGAACAACUGGAGGGGGUGCCUCACCUUCGACCUAACUAUAAUUAUUCUUAUCCUGCUAUGCGAACCCGUUAUGGAAAGCAAAAACACGUUGAUAGGAAUAUGGCUGACGAUGUUCGUGUUCAUGCUGAUUCGGCCCAUGGCGGUGAGCGCGAGCGCGCUGUUCCCCAUCUUCGCCUGUCCCAUGCUGGCGGUGCUGUCCAGUGACGACUGCUGCGGCGCUCUUGUUAACGAGAACAUAGUGUUAUUCUUUCUUGGCGGAUGGCUACUUUUAUUGCUGAACAACUGCGGCCUGGACAAGAGGAUGGCCUGUAUGUUUCUGGCCGCGGGAGACAAGAACACAUAUACGCCGCUUAAAUUGCUCUUAAAGUCCUGUAUGGCAGCCUUCUGCAUAUCUGCGGUGGCUGAAAGGGAUUUGACAACACAAGCCAUAAUGACCUAUGUUAUAGACGCGCUGGAACCUCUUAAGGCAGUGAAAAACGAAGCUAAUUACGUGGAGUUAAAGAUCAUUCUGUGCAACGCUAUAGCUAUUUCUUCUCUUCUCGGUAGUAUGUGCAUGGUGCAUGCAUCUCUUACGACGUUGCAGCUCAGGUCACUGUAUGCCGAACCCACAGUAAAGGACACAGAGUUUCCCGACGUGUUCAACUUCCUCAACUACAGCGUCUACGCCUACCCUACCGCUCUUGUUAUGUUCAUAUUUAAUACAAUAUAUGAGGUCAUUUUGGUCUCCCAGUUGGCGGCAAAGAAACCAAUGAGUCCUGUAAGCAGGGAAAAAUUACAAAAAGCUUUCGCCAAAUAUAAAAAGGAUCUUGGACCUUGGACUCCACAUGAAAUGGUUUCCAUGUUUUUCCUGUUUGUGAUCCUGGCGUUGUUCUUUACCCGCUGGUCCCCGUGGUUGAACAUGGGCUGGGCCACCUUCCGCCAGUACGGCGGUGAAUCCCCAGAUUUAUGCGGAGUAAAGGAUGCCACUACAGCAGCUAUAUUCGUUGUGCUUUUACAUUUUCUGCCAAAAUCGAUUAAUUUCUUGAAAGUAUGGACGGUCAAAAAACACAGAGAUUUGCCGGAGAUGAAAGUUGAAUCUGGAAUAUUGUUCUGGAAGUUUGUCGAUAAGCAUACUGAUUAUUCACUGUUCCUAGUUUUCGGCGCCGGUUCCAUAAUUUACAAAGCCAUAUGGGCCACGGGCCUCGCCGACGGCAUACCCAACAGCGGCGGCGACGGCGUCACGGGCAUGCACUGGUACGGGGGGAUCUUCAUCGUCGUGUUGGUCUCCGUGUUCUUCGGAAGCAUCAUGACGGGCAUGGCGGCGCAGGCUUGCCUCAUGCCUCUCAUGUUGGCUAUGGCUAUGACAGGGCAGGACAAGUGGCCUGGACGGCGGAACUUGGUAGCGCUGGGCGUCGGGCUGGGCACGGGGCUCGGCUUCUGCCUGCCCUUCGAGCAUACGCCCAGCGCCUUGGUCAGCAAGACGGCUAAAGUCGAGCUCAAGAAGCAGGUAAUGUACUCCAUCGUGAGCACAAUAAUCUGCAUGAUCGUGCUGUGGCUGAGCCUCUGUUUCUAUGCACCCGUGCUGUGGGACCCCGAAGACAAGGGCAUCUUCCACCAGGUGGUGCCAGGAGGCAGCACCACUGAGGCGGGCGCAGCGCCAGCCGAACCAUAAAUACUAGCAGAAUUGAAGACAAGCGAAGUCUAAAGAUUCUAAAGGCUUCGUUACACCGAGAGGCGAUGAAAGCGCGUCGUGCGCGUAUCCUGCAAGUAGUGCAAGUUGCGGUAAGUUUCCAAAAAAGUUAGAAAAGUUCUCAGAGAUUUUAGUAUAAUUUCACAGGAAACAAAGGGAACUUUUAUUUGAAAAUGGUAAAUUUCCAAGUGAAAAUUUCACAGUUUUGGAAACUUCCCGACGCGCGCAUUCCGCCUAAAAGCAAGUAUUCUAUAAUGCACAAUACAAAUACGUGCCAAGUCUGACCGGGAUGACCUUAUGGAACGCUUGCGCCGGCGCACCGCCGUAAUGAUUUGGAAAUUAAUGACUUAAUAAACUUAAACCGGGAUAAAUGCAACUAUGGAAUUAUUGCGUAUAAGUCGCAAACAGAUACGAUUGGUGGGUAGGCCCCUAUGUUACGUUACAUUCGUAGCUCGGACCUUUAUCUCUAGAUGACGAAAGCUCUUGUAAUUCAUGUCGUUUAAAAAAAUAACCCAAAAAAACGCAAUAACCCCAUAGUCGCAUUUAUCUCGGUCGACCUUGGAUAAUUUAUUUUAUUUAUGUAUGAGGGAGUCGAAUGAAGCUUAGGUUAAUAGUUUAGUUAGCGAUUACAUUAAAAUAUAUACCUAGUAUAAGGCG